AUGGAGGAGGAGGAGCUGCAGCAGCUCAGCGUCAGCAUCCAGCAGCAGGCCUCUGAAUGGAGAUAUGCUGAGUACAGGAGGCUGCUGGAUGGAGAGGGACUCAGUAGGCAUGUGGAGACCAGACAGGAGGUCAGGAAGGUGAUCGUGGUCGAGAAGGUCCAGGAAGUACAACAAAUCCAGGAAGUGGUGGAAGAGUAUAAUCCACACAUGCAGAAGCGGGUGAGGGUGAUCGUGGAGGAGAUGGUGGAUGGGAAGGUGGUGUCCACCUCAGUAGAUGAGAAGGUCCAGGAUAUGAACUAACUGAGAAGGCCAGAU